CUGAGGACAUCCGCAAAUUAGAACGCAAAAUUGAUGACGUUUGACACAUAACAAAUAAGUAAUAGCAGCUGAUCAUUUACUAAUUUAGAUCAGACACAAAGAAAUCGCAGAUCUUUCAGGCACCAAAGCCACUAGUUACUUCAUACUGUAAACUUGUCAGUAAUAAAACAUAUCACUGAAGCAAGUGUUCACGGCAUGAAGUUGGAAACACACGGUGGUGACUGAUGUUUAAUCAAAGCACGAAUCUGGCGGACGGAAAAUUACCCGUGUUUGUAUUCCCGACUACCCUGAGCUUCUACUCCGAUGACCAAUCCUCGCAUAAGCAAGUCCUUACUCUGUACAACCCAUACGAGUUCCCACUCAAAUUUAAAGUACUAUGUACAGUACCUCGUAAAUAUACAGUGGUAGAUGCAGAGGGUACAGUCCGACCAAGAUGCUGUGUCGAUGUUGUUGUGAGACAUACAGAUAUUUGUAUCAACAAUGAAGGAGUGAAUGACAAGUUUAGAAUACAGGUCUCUGAACAUGGACAGAGAAAAAUUCUAGGGAAGAAGGAUGUCAAUGCUGUUUUGUUACCUACAAAGGGUCGUGAGGUCACCCCGAACAGGGAGGACAAGUUUCAUGCUCUUGCCCAUUCGAGUCAAGGACCUGACAUACAGGGUCAAUCACAUACAGAUUUAGAUGUAAGAAAGCGUCCUGUUGGUGGUCCUAGUAUAGUUGUGAUUCUUGCUGGUCUGGUGUGUAUUGUAGCUCUAAUGUUACCCCAGCAAGGGGAUUCCGGCUCAAGAUUACCAGAUUAUAUCCACUUAUCUGUCAACCAAAAGCUUAUAGCAGCUUAUGUUUUAGGUCUGGUGACGAUGUUAAUUCUCCACAUAUGACGGUACUGACAAUCUAGAUUAUCAAACGUAGAUAUUGUGAUAUAACUGCUGACAUAGACAGUUUUUAUAUGUUUAAAUAUUCUAAAAAAAAAAUCAGCGAACUAAAAGUGCCGGACUACGUGUACUUACUGUAGCACUUAAAAUAACAUCAUGGUCUUGGAGAAGCAGGUUGAGUCUCUAUCAUAGGAGGUCAUAGUGAAACUGAAAUACUUUCACUGCUCAAUAAACAAAGAAAAAAUUAAAACAAAUCCAAUUCCAAAAAUAAAAAUAAAAUGUAUUAGUGUAAGCUGAUCAAAAAAAUGAAGUAGUGUCAAAUACAAUGUGCAAUUAUUCAUUGAUGUUGUUUGCUUAUUAUACCUGACAUUAUAAUAUGCUUCCAGUUAAAUUAUUAUUGAUAUAAGCUUAUAUAUGUAAUUUAUGUAAUUUAAAUUUACUCUGAUAUUACACCAGUAAAUGAAGAAUGUCUUAACUUAUUGUAUUACAGUAUCUGUCAAUGGUUUUAACAUUUGUAAUUGCUUAUUAAGUAAUGCAUUACAGUGUCGAUAAUUUCUAACAUUUAUGUAAUAAGAAAGGGGUGAUGGUGACAGUCUAUACAGAUUCUUAUAGUGUUUUUGUACCUGUUAAAGUCUUAACCUUCAAAGCAGGAUGUCUCCAGGUUCAUUCUAUAGUCUAAAAUUAGUAUGUUUCAUAACGAUUUGUAUAGCAAGAAGUCAAGUAUGGAUGACAGGAUUCUUCAUGGUCUUAACAUAUAUGUGACUGAAUAAUUUGAUAUUUAAGAUAUUAAAUGCCCAUUUUUAUGUUAGAUGUGCAUUUUAUUUUAAGUUACAUAACAGUUUAAGUUAUAUAACAGUUUAAGUUAAACUGUUAUGUAACAGUUUAAGUUGUAUAACAGUUUAAGUAAUAACAGUGUCCUUAUCAACAGAAUAUUAUUCAUGGGAUACUGUUACACAGCAAUCACUAUGACUGUGGUGAAAGUAUAGGUUUAUUUUAAACCCUUAAUCUUCUGAAUUUAUGAUAAUGGAUUUGCCCGGCUUUGUAUUUAGGAACAUUCCAUUCAAAUAUUGAGGUAUUCAAUUUUGAAAUACAAAAAUUAGUCUGUAAACAGUAUUGAGCAUGGUAAGACUGUAUGGAUCUGAUUGCAUCAAUUUUCAGGCUCAGUACUGGAGACAAAACCACCUUCUGUUUCCACAGAGUAAGGGUUAACACUAACAUAAUUAAAUGUUUCAGUUUGUAAAACAUUAACAAGACUUAUUUCAACACUGUCUGUACUCUUUACAGUUUGUAACUUAAUUUUUUUUGUGUUUUUUUUUUACCAAGUACAUGUAAUGCAUGUUUUAUAUAAAGUUUUUACUGGUUUUAUUUUUCACUAAUGUUUUUUAUCAGAAGAUUGACAUAAGGUAUUAUUAUUAUUAUUUUUAAAGUUUUAUUUAAGCUUUAUUCACUCAUUGGUUUAUUAAAUCUUCUGAAGGUGAAAAAAGAUCGUUGCUAAAUACAAUGUGCUUGACUGUUGUGUGUUAGCAACUUUUCAAUAAACAAAUAUUGCCAGAAAUGUCGAAAAGAAUGAAAAGCUGUGGCUUAUUACAUUUGUUGUAUUUUUCAUAAAGAAGCUGAUAAUUUCUUAGUCACAAAAUUUGAAAUUUUAAUAUUAAAGCAGCAAUUGCCUCCAGAUUCAUGCUAAUUUUCAUGAAACUUUUAAGAAUGUUUUUUCGAAAAAUAAAUACGGUUA